AUGGGGAUCGGCCUGGUCAGCAACCUGAUCGUGUUCCCCCCGUCGCUGCUGAUCGUCUUCCUCUUCAGGAAGGCGCGGCCCCGCGUCCUUCGAGAGUCGCGCAUCGACGCCGCCAUCAAGAGGACCGUCAAAAAACUGAACGCCAAAAAAAUCGACAAGACGGGCACAGGAUCUAAGGUCCCUGGGUCGUCCGGCGACAACAUGAAGAAGGUUGAGCGCAAGAAGAGGUUUACGCUACCAUGGUGGUGCAGCCUGGUGGCGUGGGUGCUAGUGGCAGCGUGCCUGGUGGUGUCCGUGUUCUUCUUGUUCUCGUACGGCAUCAUGUUCGGUCAGAGCAAAGCCACCAAAUGGAUCACGAGCCUGGCCGUGUCAUUCUUCUCCAGCGUCCUGCUCGUACAGCCCCUCAAGAUUUUCCUGAUCACUAUUUUCGUGAGCGCCGUGUGUAAGAAGACCGACCUGGACGAGGACGACGUGGAGGACGAUGAGCUGAGCCCCGAGCUGGACGUGGACCAUGAGUGGCUGCAUGACCAUCUUGGAGAGCGUCAGAAGUUGUACCACCGCAAGAUUGACCCAUCACUCAUUGAGAAGCUGCGUAAGAAAAGACUCAACGAGAAGGAGAUGUACGCCAUCAUCCUGGAGCUCCUGGUGUACGUUAUAUUCAUCAGCGUCUUACUCAGCCUCACCUACAGCAACAGGGACCCGAACGCGUUUUUGCUGAGGGAGAACCUACGCCAUUCGCUCAUCCACGAGGGACGCUUGGACAACAAGGACUUCACUCAGGUUACCAACACGGACAAACUCUGGGCGUACCUGCACUUUGGCUUCUUCCAAUUCCUGCGCGCCGACAAGAGCUACAACGGUGCGUCGCCCUACCAACUCAAGGGCUUUAUGAACGACCAAGUCAACAGGAUCAUGGGAUACGCCACCAUCAGGCAGAUACGCGCUAAAAAAUUUACCUGCUCGGUACCGCCUGAGAUGCGCUCCAUCACGCUGGAGUGCAGCGCCAACUCUGGUCUGGUCAACGAAGAGUCUACGAGCUACUGCGCCCACUGGCUGCUGCCCACCAACGAUACCCGCGACACUGAUGACUGCCAGGCAGACGAGUUCAGGUACGCUACCGCGACAGAACUGCGAUCCCUACCAAUCUGGGGUAAGCGUGACUGGUACGGAGGCGGUGGGUACGUGAUCAGGCUACGUGCCAAGACCGACGUGCUUCUUGAACGUCUCACGUACCUCCAGCAGACGCACUGGAUCGACCGCAUGACGCGUGCUGUGCUCAUUGAGUUCUCGACCUACAAUGCCGGCACAAACUUGUUCGGCGUGGCUACGCUGAUAGCAGACUUCAUCCCUGGUGGGGGCAUCUUCCCCACGUAUAGGGUUGACGGGGUACGGCUGCUGCAGCAUCAGGGAGACUUCAACCUCUUCACGUACCUGAUGGAGGCGAGCUUCGUGCUCUUCGUCGCGUACUUCACCGUCAUGGAACUUCGUCUUCUCGUCCGCCUUAAGAAGAAGUACUUCGAGAACUAUUGGUCCUACGUCGAGAUAGGUCUCAUCGUCGCGGGGUACUCUGCCAUCGUCCUCUACGUGCUCAGGUACCUGGAGACGGCCAAAGCGCUGGCCAUCUUCAACGCGACGUGGGGUAACUCAGGUUACCCUCACUACACAAGGGUUAACUCUCACAUAUAUAACUCAGGUUACCCCCACUACACAAGGGUUAACUCUCACAUAUAUAACUCAGGUUACCCCCACUACACAAGGGUUAACUCUCACAUAUAUAACUCAGGUUACCCCCACUACACAAGGGUUAACUCUCACAUAUAUAACUCAGGUUACCCCCACUACACAAGGGUUAACUCUCACAUAUAUAACUCAGGUUACCCCCACUACACAAGGGUUAACUCUCACAUAUAUAACUCAGGUUACCCCCACUACACAAGGGUUAACUCUCACAUAUAUAACUCAGGUUACCCCCACUACACAAGGGUUAACUCUCACAUAUAUAACUCAGGUUACCCCCACUACACAAGGGUUAACUCUCACAUAUAUAACUCAGGUUACCCCCACUACACAAGGGUUAACUCUCACAUAUAUAACUCAGGUUACCCCCACUACACAAGGGUUAACUCUCACAUAUAUAACUCAGGUUACCCCCACUACACAAGGGUUAACUCUCACAUAUAUAACUCAGGUUACCCCCACUACACAAGGGUUAACUCUCACAUAUAUAACUCAGGUUACCCCCACUACACAAGGGUUAACUCUCACAUAUAUAACUCAGGUUACCCCCACUACACAAGGGUUAACUCUCACAUAUAUAACUCAGGUUACCCCCACUACACAAGGGUUAACUCUCACAUAUAUAACUCAGGUUACCCCCACUACACAAGGGUUAACUCUCACAUAUAUAACUCAGGUUACCCCCACUACACAAGGGUUAACUCUCACAUAUAUAACUCAGGUUACCCCCACUACACAAGGGUUAACUCUCACAUAUAUAACUCAGGUUACCCCCACUACACAAGGGUUAACUCUCACAUAUAUAACUCAGGUUACCCCCACUACACAAGGGUUAACUCUCACAUAUAUAACUCAGGUUACCCCCACUACACAAGGGUUAACUCUCACAUAUAUAACUCAGGCAUCCUGUCGGCGACCCUAAGCAAGUGCUGGGACGAUCUGAGCAGCUUCAUGGUCGCCUUCCUCAUCUGCUUCGGCGCCUUCGUCUUCCUCUUCUACAUGAUCCUGAACUGCGUGCUGACAGACUUCUCUGACAUCGUCAUCGCCGUGGAGACGUGCUUCAGCAUGCUGCUGGGAAAGUUCGACUUCGAUGAGAUGAAGGAAGCGAACGCGUUCGUGCCGAUGCUGUUCUUCGUGUUCGUCAUGACGAACUCCGUGGUGCUUAUCAACCUGCUAUUCACCAUCAUCAUACAGGCCUUCGAGCUGGUGAAGCAUGACCUCCACAUGCAGCCCAACGAGUACGAGAUUGUGGACUUUGUGUGGCAGACCGUGAAGACCACACUGGGUCUGCAGACCAAGGAGAGGAUGGAGGCCCUGCAGACCACGUCCACCGUGCCUGAGGACUUCGAUGAGACGGACAAGCUGGAGGUCUCCCAGCUGCCCGACAAGAUGGACAAGGGCCGUUAAUGCUGUAUUAACUAAUGAGUAAGGGGCCGUUAAUGCUGUAUUGACUAAUGAGUAAGGGGCCGUUAAUGCUGUAUUAACUAAUGAGUAAGGGCCGUUAAUGCUGUAUUAAUUAAUGAGUAAGGGGCCGUUAAUGCUGUAUUAACUAAU